CCAUGAUUUUUUUAUCGAAGUCAAUAGUGAUUUUUUUUUGAGUCAUUUUGGAAAAAAAAAAAGGCCUACACUGUGUCCAUCUACUCAAGAAUUUGAUGCUAUAUAAUUUCAGGGCCUCUCCCUCUUUCUUCAGUCAGUGUCUCUAAACAAAGCGUUCUUCAUAUGGUUUUCCUGUUUGUUUCCAUGGAAAACCUGUACCAUUACCUUGUAAUCAUCUUAUUCAUUCUUCUCACCAUCAAGCUUUUGAUUCAUAAAACCAAAAAUUUGCCUCCGAGUCCCUUUUCUCUGCCAAUUAUUGGCCACCUUCACCUCAUCAAAAACCCACUUUACCAAUCACUGGCCACAUUAUUAUCCAAAUAUGGCCCUGUUUUAUAUCUCAAAUUCGGUUGCAGACAUGUCCUUGUUCUUUCUUCUCCUUCUGCUGUUGAAGAAUGCUUGAACAAGAAUGAUAUAAUAUUUGCAAACCGGCCUCGUACUAUGGCCGGGGAUCUUAUGACGUACAAUUACACUACUUUCGUUUGGGCUCCUUACGGAUCACUUUGGCGGAACCAUCGCCGUCUCAGCGCUGUUGAGAUCUUCUGUUCUAACAGCGUUGAAAAGUUUUCUUCCAUACGUGAAGAAGAAGUUGCGGACUUUGUUCGUCGCUUGUUUGAGGUCUCAUCAGGCAACGGCACCCAAAAGGUGGACUUGAAGUACUUGUUUUGUCUCUUGACGGCGAAUGUCAUGUGGAGGACGGUGGCCGGAAAACGUGGGGUCGAGGAUCCUAAGGACGUGGAGGCAGAAAAGAUGUUCUUCACGGAAUUUAAGAGCUUGUUUUUUCCGAGCCUAGGGACCAACAUAUGUGAUUUCUUCCCAGUUUUGAGGUGGAUUGGUUUCCUAGGGAUUGAAAAGAAAUUGAAAGAAAUACAUAGGAGAAGAGAUGAAUAUCUUCAGAGUUUAGUAGAUGGGAUAAGAUUAAAUAAAAGUAAGAAGAAUUUUUCGCUGAUUGAAAGGCUUCUGUCUCUUCAACAAGACGACCCUGACUUCUGUCCCGAUCAAGUCAUCAAGACCAUGGUUUUGAUGAUGUUCAUUGCAGGAACUGAAUCUACGGCUAUUACAAUGGAGUGGACAAUGGCACUCCUGCUGAGUCAUCCAGAGGCUUUGCAGAAGGCAAGAGACGAGAUCAUUCGCCAUGUUGGACAUGAGCGCCUGCUAAAUGAAUCAGAUCUUCCCAAACUUCCAUACCUUCGUUGUGUUGUAAACGAGACACUAAGGUUAUAUCCCGCAACACCGCUUUUAUUGCCUCAUUGCCCAUCUGAAGAUUGUGUGGUGGAUGGAUAUGAGAUACCUAAAGGCACAAUACUCUUGGUCCAUGCUUGGGCCAUCCAAAGGGAUCCUAGCAUAUGGGAGGAGCCAACCAAGUUCAAGCCUGAAAGAUUUUAUGAGGGAACUUUGGAAGACAAGGAAGGAUUCAAAUAUCUUCCAAAAUAUCUUCCAUUUGGACUUGGAAGGAGAGCUUGUCCUGGCAGAAACAUGGGCUUACGGUCCGUUUUGUUGGCAAUUGGUGUUUUUAUACAAUGCUUUGAAUGGGAAAACGUAGGGUCAGACAAGGUGGAUAUGACACCAGAUACUAUUGGAUUGUCUAUCUUCAAGGCUAGGCCAUUGGAGGCUUUGUGUCGCCCACGGCCUGAUGUGAUUAAACUUCUCUCCCAACUUUAGAGCGUUCAUCGUUUAGUAUCUACCCAAUUCCAGAUUAGCCAUUUGAUCUUUUAAAUGGCAUAUAUUAUGCACUUGAGCAUUUAAACUGUUUUGUUUUGAUAUUUAGAUUGAUGCUUGUUAGAACAUUUUCAAAUAUUUAUAGUAUUUUAAUAACUAUAAA